UAUUGUGAACUGGACAUAUUUCAGGGAGUGUGACCCUGGUUCUCACGACAGUAAGCCAACCUAAGGCUUGUAAGACAAUGCAAACAUGUACAUUCCUGGAGAGGAGCUCGCAGCCACUUUGUACCUUCCUGGUCUUCUUUACUGUUUUACCUGAGGUUUUGGCCCAUGGCUAGUGACAAGAGAGCUUAACCAUGAAUCCAGGUUCAAAGAACACACUAUGCCAAGACUUAGUGCAGCUCAGCACAGUAAUGCAGUCUCAACAAAGUAAUAACUUAAGGUGUUGUGUGAAUUAGCCCUGUGUCUGUUUCAGUGCUUUAAACUUCCCCUUCUUUUUUGAGGUGUAUGUUGAAGCCUGGGCUCAGGAAGGAGCUUGGAGCUGCACAGUUGUAGAAGAAUUGGUAUGGAUGUCUUAAAACUAAUAAUCAUGCAGCAGGAAUAACAUAACUGUAACUGAACAAGCAAGGAUAAUCAGCCGGCACCUGACUGAUGGAUCUCAUGGGUUUUUUCCUUUCUGUUUGAAAUCCAGUUUUGGAUUUAUUUAUUUAUUUAUUUAUGGAAUUUUAGGGCCUGUUUCCUGAAAGAUCUUUUCCCAUGUCACCCUGCUUGAAUCCUUAGGUCACUGGGCAAUGCUGUCUUGUGGGUGUCAGACAUCCUGGAAGUUUGUUUAAUGAGUACCUGGGGCAAAACGGGGCAGUAACACCCAUACUUUCCCCUGGAAAUUAAGAUUGUGGCAACAAUUUGUCCUUGAAGUGUUUUCACUGAACCAGUUUUUUCAUGGUAGCAUUGCUGGAUAUUUCCCCCUGUUGGUUUACAGAUAGAAUGUAUUCUUAUCAGCAUUUUAACUUGCUAUUGCAAUCUGUUUUUAUUUCUUUUUUGUACACUGCUGCAAUAUUUUUGAAGGGUGGGCAGUGUCAGACGGGGACGUUGGCGGAAGACUCAGAGCGAAGAUGAUCGAUCUCGGGCUACAGCCUAUUUGAAGGCCUACUCCGAGGCAGUAUGGGCUAAGAAGAAAUCUUUCUUCUCGGCCUCCAUUGCGUCUGCUGGGAGCCGUCCAGCGGAACUGUUUCGAGUGGUUAGGGGGCUUUUAAGUUCCAGCCCCCGUGAGGGUAAUUCUGACCACUCAGCAGACCGCUGUCAAGAAGUAGCACGGCACUUUGCAGACAAAGUCACUCAGAUUCGCUGUGACUUGGACGCUAAAAUUGAUACAGUCUCUGAGGAUGUAACUUCGGCGCCUGUUUGUCCAAUUAAAAUGGAUUAUUUUCAACUUGUUCUACCCGAGGAUGUGGACAAGAUCCUUGGAGCGGCGCGUGUCACCAUGUGUGUACUGGACCCUUGCCCUUCCUGGCUCAUUAGAUGUACCAGAGGGGGACUGGUCGAUUGGGUCAGGGGAGUAGUUAAUGCCUCUCUACAACAAGGUAGAAUUCCAUCAUGCUUAAAGGAGGCAGUUAUAAGACCACUGCUGAAAAAGCCCUCCCUGGAUCCCUCUUUACUAGGAACUAAUUUCAGGAUUGAGAAUAUGAUCUGGACAGAAAAGAAGCAGUUUCAUUUCCUGGGACUUUUGCUCAUGAACAGAAGGAGCCUCUGGACUUAGGAAAGUGUAAUUUGAGUGUCUAGAGCUUCUCUUUGACACAUAAGACACAACAAGCCCAGCUGCUGAAGAUCAAAGAGGAAGGAGGAUACUCUGUUUAGAAGCAAACCUCAUGACGUGGCUUUUCUGUUUAAACAACGCAGAGGACUUUUUAAAGGGACAGUGGCUUGUGAUGACAGUUUACAGAGUGCCAGCUGCCCUCCUUCACCAGAUUGAGCAGGAAUUAGAUGCAGAGGAAAAGGAAACCAUGCUCUUCUUGUGCCGGGAUCUCGUUCCUGACCUACCUGCGGCAAAUGUUCGGAAGCUCUUGGUGGCUUUGAAUGAGAGGGAGAUGCUGACACCUGUCAGCUUGUCUGAACUCUUAUACAGAAUGAAGAGAUUUGACUUGCUGAAGAAAGUUCUAGGGACUGGGAGAACAGCUGUGGAAGCCAGUUUGCCUAGGUGUCCUCAGAUGUUAUCAAAAUACAGGGUACUAAUGACAGAAAUCAAUGAGGAUCUGGAUAAAGAAGACUUGAGUUCCCUUGUUUUCCUUCUGAUGAACGAUCUUGGAACAUCCCAUGUGAAGGCAGCAAAAGAAAAGAACUUCCUGGCAAUUAUAACUGACCUUGAGAAACUAGACCUGGUGUCACCUAAUUGUCUGGAUUUAAUAGAAACUUGCUUCUUGAAUAUGCGCAGGAAAGACUUGGCAAAGAAGAUCCAGAAGUACAAACAGGAAGCUCCAGGGCAACCCAUUGGAUCUCCACCUGUCUAUGCAAACAGACUUCAGGUAUCCUUUCCUAAGCUGUCUCUUGCUGACCCUCCAGGGGUUGUGAACAAAGGAAGACUGACAAAUGGAGCAUGUGCUAUUCAAGCAGAGCAGAUUCACAUAUCAGUACCAGAAACGGGCGGAGCCCAGGCACAGGUGUCUAACAAGUACAGAAUGCAGAGUCAGCCUUUGGGAGUAUGCCUGAUUAUAGACUGCAUUGGCAAUGAUGCAGGUAUGCUGACAGUUACCUUUAAAGCACUGUGCUUCGAAGUUCGUUGUUGCCUAUUCCCAAAUGUGGAUUCCUUGGUGCGUGAGCUGUACGAGGUAGCAAGACUGAAACAACACAAAGACUAUGACUGCUUUGUUUGCAUAUUAGUCAGUCGAGGAAACCACCAAGGCAUCUUCUGCACAAAUCCCAUCGUUCCCGGAUUCUCUCUGGAGAGGUUGAAGAAUUUUUUUACUGGAGAUGCAUGCCCUUAUCUCUCGGGAAAGCCAAAGCUGUUCUUUAUCCAGAAUUAUGUUGAGCCAGGAACCUGGCAAGAAAACCCCAGCUUGUUAGAGGCGGAUGGAGAUCUGUGUACAAUCCCGCAAGGAGCAGACGUUCUUUGGAGCCUGUCCAUGUUGAAUGCAUCGAACAUGGAGAGAUCACAGAGUUCAUCCUCCUACUAUCUGUCUGCUCUAACUGAGCUUCUGAUUGAUCCGCAUAAAAGGAAGUUGCACCUGCUGGAUAUUCUUGUGGAGCUGAACAGCAAAAUUUAUGAGUGGAACAGGACUAACCCGAGGGACCAAUAUUCAGUCCUGCUGAAGCACACCCUGAGGAAAAAACUUUUUCUUUCUGUCAGCUAAAUGUACAAACCUAACUUACGAUGGGUGUGCCCUAGUGAGGCUUGUUUCUGAGCAUUAUCCACCCAUUUCCCUUGAAAAGCCAAGUGUUACCAGGCAUGGUAAGAUUUUGUCCUUUCUUUAAGCCACCAGGUAUCCAGACUUCAGACAGAUGCUGGGCAAAAGGAGGCAGCUGGCAAGUAUCUAUUCCUACAGCACGUGUAGCAGGUUAAUAGAAGUCACUGAGCACAUACCUUGAUUUUUAAACUUUUCUCUUAAACCUUUGUUAGGGUUUCCUUCAGAGAAGUCUCCUCCUUUCUGCCCCUUUCCCCUCUUGGGUGGUUGCGAGGUCAGUGGAAAGGAAGCGUGCAGACUAAGAUGCCACAGAUCUGUUUGAGCUCACAGACAGAGAGUAAACAAGGGCAGCGACAAGUAAGUCCAAGGACUUUGGCCCGUUGAGUCACACGGAGUAAAGGAAGUACCACUGCUUGGUCAGAAGAGCCUUCUGGUGUAAAUGCCACUGGGAAAAGGAGCUUAGCUGAACAGGGACCCCUUUUAGCUUUGACACCACAUUACACUUGUCUUUGUUGUUUGUUGUUGGUGUUGUUUUGUAUGUUUAUUUUAUUGACAUAUGAUCAUUAUACAAGCAUCACCCCCCCCAAUCUAACAAAGUAAAUUAACAAGCAAUGGCUCACAUGCGAAGAAUAAUCUCAAAUAGUGAAUAGAAAUAAUCUAAUAUGUCACUAAGAGUCAAUAACGUCCAGUGUUUAAACAAUACACCAAAUGUUUCUGAAAGCUGCUGCGAGACCACGAUUGUCAGCUGCUCAUUGUUUUUGAAGGAAUAAAACGUGUUGGGAACCUUGGACCUCCAGAUGUUGCUAAUCUACAACUCCUAUCAUUCCUGGCCGUUGGCCAUGCUUACUGGAGCUGGUAGUUAUAGUUCAAACAACAUCAGGAGGUUGAAAGGUUCCCCAUACCCGGUCUAAACUGACAGGCUGGGGUUGUACAUGUAGACUUUAGCAGCCAAGAACUAAGAUGUAGCAUCUUUCUUGGACAUAAUCUGCGAUCACUUCUGCACCACAGCCUUAUUCAGGCAUUAAAAGGGGGAGGAAACAACGCAGGUGCAGUGGAGUUGCAAGAUCAUAUGUUUAGCCCCUCCCCCUUGAGAUCACAUGAUUCUCAUGAAGAGCGUGAACUCUGGCAGUGGGGUGCCCUUUGAUAUCCAUGGAAGCUCUCUGCGCAUUUGAGAACUUGGGCCAGGAGAGUUGCACGGCCUUGAAGCUAUGCAUGGCUUCCCAGUCCCAGCGUUGCCUCUUUCCCCCUUUUAACACCUGGGUAGGGCUCAUAAUUGGGCCCAUUCAAGGUUUAUUGGGAGGAGGCAUAUCUCAGAUUGAUUUCUUCAGUGAGUAGCUCUCCCCUUCUGUGCCCAAGCACUUCUAACCUCACCAAUUGUUGCAGUGUGGAAUACAUGGAGAGGAGGCACCCCAAAAUAUCACAUGUAUCCAGAGUUUCAAAGUAACACAUACUAGCUUUCUACCAAGUACAGGCAGCCUAUAGCCCUGUUGUAGCUUAUGCUUAUGGGAUGGCGCUAGUCUAACUGGCUUCAUAGGUUUGAGUUCAUGACAGAUUAAACAAGGUCUAGUGUGUAUGGUAAACUGUUCUUCAACCUUGGGUUUCCAGAUGUUGUUGGACUAGAAGUCCCAUCAUCCCUGACCAUUGGCUAAGCUGGCUGGGGAUGAUGGGACUUGUAGUCCAGUAGCAUUCAGAGACCCAAGAAUACUACUACAACAAAAAAGGAAUACUUCUGUAUGUUCUUGAUUGGGGAAAGAUUGAUCUGCUACCAAGAUAUGGAGUGUAGAAAGUCUUGAUGUAGAAUUGAAUCAGAAUGUGUUUUCUGUUUGAGAUUUUUAUUCGGCUGGUAAUGUCAGUAAGCCAUAAGACUGAGAGACUUUAGCAAGCAAUAUCAUUAAUAUAUUUAUUUAUUAUUAUUUUUCAAAAUAUAAAAUACGUUUCACCUACAUGUGUGAUUGCAUGGGUUUUUUUAAAAGUUGCUUUUCAAUAAUUGUUUCCCCUACCCCCACUCCUGCUUUUCCCUCCAGCUCCCUCAAAAGGCAGGCAUUUCAGACUUAAAAAUUUAUAUAUGCCCUGAUGUCUGUUUAUGUUUGAAAAAUUUCUCCAUAUCUUUAAUAGGAUCUGAGGAACCCCAGUUCUUCUAAACAACUGUUUGAAUGCCUUUUACAUUAAUUUAGUCAUUUAAGGUUCAUUUAAUAUUUGCACCCCACUUUUCUAUUAAGAUAAUAACCAAAGUGGCUUUUAGUAUAGUAGCUUUCCAAAGGAAUUGUAGUACCUUAUCAUCUCUCUCUCUCUCUCUCUCUCUCUCUCUCUCUCUCUCUCUCUCUCUCUCUCUCUCUCUCUCUCUCUCUCAUAUAUAUAUAUAUAUAUAUAUAUAUAUAUAGGGAAUACCGAAUUAAGCUAUUUCUGUUUUUGCUAACCAGCAUGGUAACAUCAGCUUUGAGCUGCAACGUGGGGUAAUAAAAUCCCUCAAAUAUACCAUAAUUGAAGCUUCAUAAUGGCCCAAAACUUGCUUGUUUUCUCCCAAACGUUUCUCCCUUGAAUGGCCUGACCCCUACCAAAUAUUAACUGCUUGAUGAAUGUACACUUGGGGAAAUGAAAUGGGGAUAAAGUUUGUAGAGUGAAACAGAACAGCAAUUCUCUUUAAAAAGGGGAGAGAAAUGGGACUGUGCUAGGGAAGAAGCAUAGUGAAACCAAUAGUCAGUUUUUGAGCACUCAAAUCAUUUCACAUUUAAGCUGACGCUCCGUCUAAGACUGAAACCACACACGCCUUUAUUUGGAAAUAAGCUCUGCUGAACUCAGUAGGAUUUGCUCCUCAACAAGCAUGGGUACAGCUGGCCUGAAAAGGAGCCAUUUAACAAAGAAUCCAUUACCAAUAGUUCAUUUAGAACAUGAGUGGCUAACUGUAGCCCUCUGGUGCUGUGGGACUACAACUCCCAUCAUCCCUGAGAGUAAGUCACGUUGGCCAGGGCUAAUGGCAGUCGGAGUCCAACAUACUGGAAAACCGCAGGUCCCUAUCACUGAUAUAAAAACAUGCCCAUGUGUGCAUAAAAAGCUCAAGAAAAACUCAAAGGUACAUUUACACCAUGAUCCUCCGCAGAUUUAGGUAGCUAAAUCAGUCGAUUUUGAUGUACUUAAUGCUGCAUAGUAGUGAGCUGUAGUCCUAACCCUACAUACUUGGGGGUAAGCCCCAUUCAGUGUUUUUGAAUACAUUUCUGUGGUGUAUCAUAACAUUGUUAAUAUCAACUGUGGAAAAUUUCUGGAGUAUUGAGGGUGGUUGUUUUUUAAGUGUGUCAAAUGCAUCAUUGAGGAAGGAUUGUAUCUCAGUGGUAGAGUAUCUGCUUUGCGUGCAGAAGGUCCCAGGUUCAAUCCCCAGCAUUUCCAGGUAGGAUUGGGAAAGAUUCCCUGCCUGAAGCCCUAGAGAAGCCACUGCCAGUCAGUGUAGACAAUACAGAGCUAGACAGACCAAUGAUCUAACUUGGUAUAAGGCAGCUAAAUGUUAAAGAUCAAAUGGGGGAUGCAAUUUGCAAACAGAUGUCUUAAUAUUACUGUAUUCUACUUGUACGGCUUUCUUGACUGCAGAUUGUGGAUUUCUAAUAUAUAUGUUAAGACGUGUCUAUUGGGAACCUGAGUGUGGGAACCUACCACCCAUGUGUCCCAUUAAACACACCUCCUUGAGAGGAGGGGGAUCUUUUGCUAGGGAUAAAAGAACUGCUUUGCCCUGAAAUGUGCCUAAAUAGUGGGUGCAUAACUCAAAAAAUGCAGGUCCAAACUAGACUAAAGCAAAGCUUUCAUUUAUUGAGAAAAAAGAGAAGAAUAGCACUACAAAAUUACUGGGUGUGUGGCAGCAUUAAUCAUUAAUACACUAACCCAUUCAUAACUUUAAACUACAGAAACAACAGGUCCCUAUUGCUGUAAGGAAUGACAGGUAGCGGAGAUUACCUGUCCUAGGCCCAGGAGUGGGCAGUGGAAUACAGCUGGAGUGGUGUGAAGGAGCUCUGACCAAAAAGCAGGAAGGAAUCUCUUUGUCUCAAGGUUUGCACCAAGACACAGACUCCCUUCCCAUUCUGUGGCCUGCAGUCCUGCGCCACAUUCCUUGAGAGUGCAGUUGUACAUGUUGGAGCUCAGACCGCCAAUCUUAGGUCUCAAGCCCUGCUCUUAAAUACACUUUCCCUCUUACAAAUCAACAUGAAAAGGAGGGGUCUGGGUAUGAGGUGAUUUCAUGUUGUGUGUGUAUUUCUUGCUGACACUAAGAAAAACUGUUUUUGCUUUCUAAUGCUGUCUUUGAACAAUGGGAUUGGUCUGCUGGGCAUGAGGGAAAUCUGCCAAAAACAACAUUUUUGAGAUAAUAUUUAAUUCAGGGUCUUCAUGUUCCUCCAAAAGUGCCAAAAGAUGGUUCUUGCUCCUUGUCCUCAUUUCACAGUAUUUAGGAAGGCACAACGAGCCAGAAAACGGGGUAUGGGGUAGGAAAUGUAGUCCAGAAUAUGCCAGACUCCAAAUGAACCAAAGUGGAAAUUAGCCUAAGAACACAUGACAACACCUCCCUCAGUUUUCAUGCACCCUUAAAAUCUGCUCCUCAGGAAUCCUCCAGAGCAGAUCUCAGCAGGGAGCAGGUGCUGGAAAGGAAAGUUAAGUCAGUGCAGGAUAUUGCUCUAUACUCAAUAUUAGGCUGCAUACAACAUUUUAUUCUAGAAUCAGUGGAGACUGUGUAGUUGUUUUUCCUACAUAGUUUUUGCUCCUGAAAAGCAGUAAUUGAGGAACUGCUUUCAUUCUGAAAAUAAAAGCUAUUUGUAGAUUGAUUUUGCAUUGCCCUGCAGUGUGUCCAUUUGAAAACAAUUGUAGGCAGUCCUGGCAACAUGGGGAAGGGGAUAUAUCCACAGCUAACCAGUUACAUAGUGGGUAGGCAUAUAUCAAGAUCUGCAAUCACCUCUUCAUUCAUCUGGGGCAUGCGUAGGGAGGGAAGGGUGUGGAUAACCUAAUCAAGGGGAGGGUUUUCAAAUGCAUAUCAAGUAACCACACCCACCCCUUGUAGACAGCAGGAUUUCAAAACAAUCUAGAUUGAAAGCAUGUUGUGGACACUCAUGAAUGAUUCUGGAUUGAGAAAAACUAUGUUUUUGUGCUACAAACAGGUUGGUGUGUAUGUAGCCUUAAAAUAGUAUACUGGUAUUUCAGAUAUUAACCCUUCCUCAUAUCUGUCUUAAGGGACUCAUGAUUAAGUAAUAUAUUGCUCUUUUUAGCAUACCUUAAAAGGCUAGAGUUUUUCUACAGUAAUUGUCACUUGACGGGAUUUCAUGUUACAGAAAGAUAAAGCCUCUGGGAUGUCCCAGGUUACCUCUUUUAGUAAUAGGCUGGCAUCCCUGUCCCAUGCAGAAUUAGGAAGAGUUGAGCUUAAGCAUGCUGAACUCUAUAUAAAGAACUAAGGCUCUUGUGAUACCUUGAAAGAUUAAUAAAUAUGUUGGUCUUUUGGAUGUCACAAGACUUCGUUGCUUUCGUUGCAACAGAUUGUCAUGGCUACCCCUCUGGAAAUAACACAUAUAAGAUCAGACAGUAAGACUACAAACCUAUGAAGAUACCUAGAAGUAAACCCCACUAAAACUGGAAGGAAUUACUUAUGAAUAUACAUAGGUUUGGGUUGUAAUACUCAAUCCUUUUUCUAUGCAAUUUCCUUGUUGCAACAAAAUUGGGGAUUUUUUUUGUCAAGGCUUGCACUCCCUUGGGGGUCUGUUGGGAGCUGCAUAUUGCUGGUGGUUGAGGACAAGGCAGAAGAUAGGGCAUUCCCCCCCUCUACCAGUCCCUUUCCCCCCAUUUUUUCUCCUUGCCACCUGUAUGAAAUUAUGCCACCGGAUGCAGGAAACCCACUUCUCAUUUGCAAGGAACUCUGGCCAUGUAAAUGUACAUAUCCUUUUAACAGUUGAUGGUGUUGCAUAUAUUUUGCCAUUUAAACCUGAGUACUGUAUGUACCUAACUUUAAAGAGUAAAGUAUUAACUGGCCUUGGUUUUGGAUCUAUGACCUAAGA